UGGAAGCCAUGAUGGAAGUUGAGCAGGAGAGUUUAUCGGUGGAGAGUUAAAGGAGAGAGCGGAGCCGAGCCUUGAGCACAACUGUCUCCUGUAAUUCGGCUGACCAGGCCUUUUCUGUGUUUUAAAUAUUAUGGUGGAGGCUGUCAGGUUUCUCCUCAUGCUUUGGAAUAUUGACGACGUGGAUGUUUGAACUUCGCUACCUUUUAAUUUUAUCUUCUUUUUAGAGAGAUGUUCAUAUGCGCUAGCUCGCUAGCUCUCCGGCUAGCAGUUCGUUAGAGCUUCGCAGACGGAGAGAGAGCGAGUGUGUGUGAGAGUGAAUGUGUGUGAGUGAGUGAGAGAGUGUGUGUCUGUCACUGCUAGUAUAUUCUGGGUUGGAGACGUCGGAGAGGACCCUCUCCGCCUUUUUCGGCACCAAUCACGGCGACUGCGGCGGACCCAGAGACUUGGCGAGCUUUAGAGAUACCGAGACGCGGAGGAGGACCGUCUGUCUGUCCGCCUGGAGGGUUUGUGGCCUCUCGGUGGGCUUUGGGGAGCCGGAGCCGGGCCUGCUGUGGCCUUCUCCUUUACAAGCGAGCGGCAGACGGCUCACGGCCGCUAGCUAGCAGGUAAAGAGCUGGCCAGGCUCGUCCAGAGGACUGCCAGAAAGCCGAGGAGAGUGAAUAACGUUACUGACGAGGCGACGGCGACGGCGGCUUUGCGCCCGGAGGCAACGAUACUCUCGCUUACCCUGAAAACCAUAAAGACUCCUUUCACAGCUAUGGCUACGAUCAUACAGAAGAUGGUCAGCCGAAACAAAAGGAGAUACCAGGAAGAUGGGUUCGACUUGGACUUAACCUAUAUUUAUCCCAACAUAAUUGCUAUGGGCUUUCCUGCUGAAAGACUUGAGGGGGUCUACAGAAACAACAUAGACGACGUUGUACGGUUUCUGGAUUCAAAGCAUAAAAAUCAUUACAAGAUAUAUAAUCUAUGUGCAGAGAGACAUUAUGAUGCUACCAAAUUUAAUUGCAGAGUUGCACAAUACCCAUUUGAAGAUCAUAAUCCUCCCCAGCUGGAGCUUAUCAAACCUUUCUGUGAAGACUUGGAUAAGUGGCUCAGUGAAAAUGACAAUCAUGUGGCUGCGAUUCAUUGUAAAGCUGGAAAGGGCCGGACAGGUGUCAUGAUCUGUGCGUACUUGUUACACCGAGGGAAGUUUGGAAAAGCACAAGAGGCUCUAGACUUCUAUGGGGAAGUCAGGACCAGAGAUAAGAAGGGAGUGACAAUACCCAGUCAAAGGCGAUACGUCUACUACUACAGCUACCUUCUGAAGAACCAGCUAGACUACAAACCAGUGGCGCUGCUCUUUCACAAGAUGGUGUUUGAGACAGUGCCCAUGUUCAGUGGAGGGACCUGCAAUCCUCAGUUUGUGGUGUACCAGCUGAAGGUGAAAAUCCACACCUCUAACCCGGCGCACACGCGACGUGAGGACAAGUACAUGAUCUUUGAGUUUCCACAGCCUCUGCCUGUGUGCGGGGACAUCAAAGUAGAGUUCUUCCACAAACAAAACAAAAUGAUGAAGAAGGACAAAAUGUUUCACUUUUGGGUGAACACCUUCUUCAUCCCUGGACCAGAGGAGAACUCGGAGAAGGUGGAAAACGGGAGUUUACUGAAGGACCUGGAUGGAAUCCAGUGCACAGAGAGGGGGGAAAAUGACAAGGAUUACCUGAUCCUAAUUUUAACCAAGAAUGACCUGGACAAAGCCAACAAAGAUAAAGCCAACAGAUUAUUUUCCCCAAACUUCAAGGUGAAGCUGUACUUCACAAAGACAGUGGAGGAGACAUCCAACUCAGAGGCCAGCACUUCCACAUCUGUAACCCCGGACGUUAGUGACAAUGAACCGGACCAUUAUCGAUAUUCGGACACAACGGACUCAGACCCAGAAAACGAACAGCUUGAUGAUGAUCAACACACACAGAUAACAAAAGUCUGAUAUAUUUUUUUUUUUUUUCCCCCCUCUGGGAAGAAGAAAAAAACUAUGUAAAACAGAGUUGUAAAAAGGAGAAAACUUGAAUAUGAACUGAAAGCAAGUAAUUUUUUUGUUUUUCUUGUCCUCCCCCACCCCCCACCUUCCCCACUCCUUAUUCUCCCCAACGCUCCCCGUUUUUCCUUUUUCAGAACAGAAAACUAGUACAAAAGUGGGACGUUUGUCAUAUAUGAUGCCUCCAUUUUAGGGAUAAUUUUUUUUUUUUUUAAACCCAUUUUUAAUUACAAUGCAUUGACACUAACACCUGUGUGUGCACUCGCAUGUGGAUGGGAUGGAAGACGAAGGUUCAGUGACUAUUCUCAGCUCCUUGUGAAUGCCUUUUUUGUGUCAUCACACAGAAAGGAAGUCCAGUCAGGGGAUGGAAGGUCAGGUUUGGGGAGAUGUUCUGAGAGAAUGUGCUGCCUCACUUGCUAACAAGGCCAGUGCUUGAAUCAAAUGUCAGUCCUCCACGUGUGUGUGCCCUCCUCUUCUGCUCCAUGCCUCCUGUCUUACCUACUGUGAAAUGCUUCUUGUGCUGUCGCAGGCUAGCCCACCCUACUCCUCCAAAAAUACUCAUUUAAUCAGAUGGCUUUAUUUUACUCAUUUGUCUUGGUGUAAGGACAUGUCAUUUUAACUGUCUGUUCCCUCUUACCUUGUCCAUUGACUGAAUUUUUUUUCAAACAUUUUUAUAAGUUAAAGUAAUGAAAAUUAAUACCACAGCAGGGAAUCUGGCAUUGCAAUAAGGUUAACGCUUUAGUUGCAUGCUAUUGGAGUUAGUAUCCACGUUGUUAAUGUUAUACAAUUUUAUUACUACAAUUCUUUUUGGUUGUACUUCCUAAGGGGUUCCUGGUCUCAUUUAAGAAUUUUUACUAGCAGCUGAUUUUCCAAAUGGCAUUCCACAUUAUCAUUGUUUCUCCGGGUGUGAUAUUGAUGGUAUGGCUGGAGAGGCCGUCAGUGGCAUUAUAUUUUAUGACACAUUAGUUCCCCCCUGUGAAACCUGGUGACGUUUUUAAAUCAUUGUCAAGGACAGGCUCAUCUAGGGCUUGUAACUGUUCACUUUUUAUGCUUAUGAUGUCAGUCGUGUGCACACAGGAGAGGUCUGUUCAAAGUUUACGAAGCUGAAGGAUAUGAGAGAUUUUGUUUGUUUCUUCUCAUAUGGGAAUGCUAUGCAGCUCAGUCAGAUCAUGUGUUGGUAAAUACGCAAAUGCUAGCUUGUGUUUUUGCAGAGAUGUGGGUGUUUCUGUAUGUGUAGCGAGGGCGUUAUUAGUGUCGUGUGGGGAGUUAUCUGUUUGAAGAGAAGGUUUAACAGCGUGUCCCUGAAACCUCAAAUGCAAGUUUUGAUGCCCUAUUAUGCAGUAUACCCCUUCCCCCUUGCCCAUAUCUUUUCUUUUUUACCUUGAUUUUUGUCAGACCUCAGAUCUUUGGCUCCUAAAUCUGUUUGUAGCCUUAUUGUGUGGUCUAAUGAAACCUGGACCAUUUGUUUAUUCAACAGUGGUGCUUACAAACUGCCAAACUACAAACGUACGCAACGAAAAACUUUCGGAGCCAAGAAUCUAGACCUCCUGUAUGGAGUAUUUGUGUGUGCGUGCAUCUGUUUAGCCACUAUUUCUGUAUGAUGUGCGAUCUGGCUGUCUCUUAUACUUCGGUGUCUCUGAGUGGCUGAGAUUCCCCCCCCACCUUCAUAAACAGGUUUCAUUCCUUUUGGAAUGACGAUAGUGCAGCUACAGAAUUUACAGAACGUCUUGUGCUUGCUUCAGACUUAUUAAAGCCCUAUAUAUGAGAAUAUUUAAAUAUGUAUAAUUUCUUUUUCAGCAUGCUAAUUUUUUUUUUUUAAUAUAAAUACACCUGGCUUCUGGUGAAUCAUGGGGCCAGACAAGAAAAGAAGAAAUUAGAAGAAAAAAAAAAAAACCUUUCUCAGUCUCUUGGGCAAGAAUCUUCAGAGGGUAGAGAGUAAGCUGCCUUUGUUCUGCUGUUGACAUCGUGGCUUCACUCUUCUUGCCGAUUCACUGCACAUGCUGUACAUCUCUCGCCUUCCUCUAGAAAGAAUAUGUUCGUUCCCGAGGUUUGAAGAGGACACGCUGCCUUCUGUAAUGCUACCGUACACUAGCCAACCCAGGAAAGAAAAAAGGACACCCUUCAUAAUCAAGGAUCCUUUUAAAGUUUAGUUUUGUUUUGUUUACAUUUUAUCACAUCACUGAAAACCUGCCAAAAGUAAGCUCAAUGUACUUUUUGUUUGUUUGUUUUUUUGCUCCUUUUCUCCAUUGUUUUCCUCAGAGGAGGCGGGCCCUACGGGAGGUAUCUUUGCCUUACUUGAAGUUGACAAUGCUUACUCUGCUCUUGCUUUGAAUUCUACCAUUCUGCCCAAGCACUGACUUAAUAGUACUUAUUUAAAACUACUAUAAUAGAGCAACAUAUUGUACUAGACUUUUGCACUGUUACAGGUUUUUGCAGGGUUUCAGUCAGCAGUCCACAGUAUUUUUAUCACUCUUCCCUCUUCUCUCUCCACUUCUUCCUAGAAAAGCCAUGCAAGCAAUGAAAUAUGUAGGAGGACAGAGGUGGAAUGAAGUGACUUGGUAUACUUUUAUCCUGAUAUGUGUGCAACCCUCAUAGAAUCAUGUAGGACUUUUGACUGAAAGCAAUUUUUUUUUUAAGGAAACACAAAAUGGAAAAAAGAAUAAAGUAAAUAUUUAUGACAGUAUUCAUGCACAUUCUGGUUAAGUCCCUCUGCAGGUUUUCUGGUCUUCAGUCCCCUUCUCAAAAAUAUGCUGUACUACGUCUGGAUGUUCCACACUUUUAAUGUAUGAAUCCAUUCAAGGGCGUCACUGUUAAUGAGCUUACAUCAGGUCACAGGCCAACCCUAAUACAUCUG